AUGCCGAAUCAUUUCAACCUGGAGGAGUGCGAAAGAUUCCUCCACGACGAAAACCAGUUUAGUCCAGGAGCGUCGAAACGCAUCGAAAAAUACCUUCAAAUUUCUCGAGAAGGCCUGGACGAGUUUUUGAUUCGUUUCCCAGAGAUGAUUCGAAACGAAGAUCAGUUGUUUUACAUCGUGCGAUUUAUGAGGGCGCAUCACAAGUUCGACACGCAAGAUCACGAAAGAAUUUUCAACAGUAACCUGUUUACAACUAUGGAGAGAAAAGUGACGGAGCUACUCGCUGUUGUGGAGCAAAAAGACCCCCACACGUAUUGGUAUUUGAUACAUGCCCUGCAGUCAAAACAUUCCUCUUUGUAUGAGCAUCUCCACGGAUCUAUAAAAUGUUGUGGUACGUAGAAGAUUUGUGAUUGCAGGCCGAGUUUGAACGUUUAUCAUUUGGUGAGAUAUUGUGGUCCCGAAAUUCAUGAUUCCUUUACCUUCGCAAUGAAUAAUUUUACUUCGAAAUAUUGACGUCAUGGGCAAUUUGUAAUGCACGACUUACAUGAUUCUUGUUAUAUUUGUUGUUAUCUUCGACAAUUACGAUAUUUUGGGGUCUUGCUCUAUAUCAUGUUAUCCAGUUCUCUGUUUUCGAAAUUUUUCCUUCUAAUUCUCUUCUGAAUGCAGAUUAAUUAUCGGUUAUAAAUUGCCUAUCUUUAGCGCGCAACAAAAUUAACAUCAGUCUGUUGACCAAUAUACAUAAGUAACGACAAGUGCAUGUGUUGUUCCAUAUUUACGUACGGGCAAUGGUUGCAUUUUAGAACGUCAACGAACUCUGAAUCAAAUAAUGAAUUUUGUAGUUGGAUAUCCAAGAAGAUAACUAUUUUUCAGUACGAAAGGGACAACAGUUCUGAGAGAGGUUGUUUUGGUAUAGAGGCCAACUUUGCUAUAAUGGAAAUUAAAACGGGGAAUAAAUGACUAUGACAUUGACACCCACUUUUGUCAUUUCAAGUCAUGUUCAUGUCCAACUUUGUUAUUUGUUUUCUCAUUUCCAACGCGUAAGGACAGCGUUUUAAAUUAUGAAAGAUGUAAGAAUAGCAAAGAACUAUUGUUCAGAAGAUGUUAUUUGUUUUUGACAACCGCAAAACGAAAUUAAUGGCUGAACGGUAGAAAGUAUGUUUUUGAUAUCGAUAUUGGCACAUCACCGAUAAGUUAAUUAUUCAGAAAAACCCCCUUCGAACUCACCUAAGAUUACAACAUCGGUGAAAAUAGAAAUAACACGUGAUUGACACUUAUUGAGCAAGUCCAAAUUACAGGCCCUGGCAGACGGAAAGAACAGCUAAGUUGUUCCAAAUUAAAACUGCAGUUCCUGACUGAUUCUGAAGCCGAACGUUCAUGCACUCAAUCUGAGUUAUUAGGUUGGCUCAGGAUUAAGAGAAGACGAGUUUAUGUUCUCUCGACUAAGUUUACGUUUUAUUGAUAGAAAAAGAGGCCUCUGCUGCUCGCAGUAAGAAAAUUAUAUCUUUCUUUAGGGAAAUUUUUGUUAAGUACCUCAUCCCUAAGACAAGUAACACAGCUGUUUGAAAAGUUUCACUAUUCUUUUGAUUGCAGUGUGUAAAGAUAUAAAACAUAGAGAGAAAGAGGAGGAGUUACAUUUUUCAGGUGAGAUGAGGAUAUGAUUUUGUUUUACUUGAGUGUGAAUGAGACAAUAGUUUUGAAAGCCUGGAUUAAGCGGAGAAAGGGCGGAAUGGGGGAGAGGAAGAGGAAACAGGAAGUUGCUUUUGGUCAGUUUUAUUUGUAAUUGAUAACAUACUGCGUCUGGAUAAAUGCAAAAUAAAAUGCUUGCUUUUGCAGAUUUGGAAAACGAAGGGAAAGUAGUAGUCCCCUUACUUAAAGCUUUGUGUGAAGCAAUUGAGGACAAAGUCUCCACUGGAAGAUCGUUUAUCGAAAAGAUGAGAACUGCGAGGCAAAGUGAGUUCCGUUAAUUCUAGACGCAAUAUACUGUUACAAGUAGUUCAUUAAUUUAGUGAGAGAGUAUACUUCGCACGUGGCUUCGGCGCCAUUUUAAUUGGAAGGGCACAACUAUAAUAAUAUAAGAUAAUAAAAGCAGCGUCGGAUGCACUUCUGAAUUCAUGCAGUUUUGUGUUGUUACAACCACAGCAUGAAAUCGCAAAUUUACGCAUCUUUAACUCUUGCGUAAAGAACGUAAAUGUAAAGCCUCUUCUUUACGGACAAGUUCCGCGUUCCGUAAAGAUACGUAAAUGCAGGGAAAGCGUAAAGACUGCGUAAAGGAUAGUGAAUGUUCGUUAAGGAUAAGGAAUAAGAUGGAUAUAAUUAACCACUUUCUAUUUAGAGAAAUACUCAAAGAAGUGAAAUAAUUAUUGCUCAUCCAUCUUCCGUAGAAUUACCGUGGUAUUUUGACCAGUUUCGCUUUUAACACUUUACAGGUCUUUAAUAGUAAUAAUAAUAAUACGGUCGCUGUAAAAUAUCGUAAAUAUUCUCUAUACGACUUUUUACAAGGCACGUAAAGAUAGCGUUUUUAGUCUCCCCGUGAUCUUUACGCACUAUCGUUUUCAAUGCGUCAAGAUAAUCUUUACGAAAGUGUAAAGAAGUUCGUAAAGACGCGUAAAGAGGAUCUUAUCGCUUACUUUGCGGCAUCUUUACAGAUUCGUAAAUUUAUAAUUUCAUGCUGUGAUAAUAUGCGUCAUUGGCUUUGGAAGCUAGUGCAUUUAAUUGAAUCGCACGCGGUUUGCCGCGUUUGGCGUCUCUCACGGGUGGCUCUUUUGAUAUUUCAUUGGUUACGAUUUGUAGUUGUAUUAAGCUUUUGCGCAAAUACUAAAACACAUUCUAUAAAUCUUAAUUGAGAUUUUCUUGUUGUAUCAUUUUAUUUUAUAGGAAAGAUCAAAGGUGAAGAUUUAGUAACAAACCGCGCUACUUAUCCUGUGGAUGAUGUUGUUGAGCCAGAGGAUGAGGACUACAUUGAUACCGCGGAAGGUUGGUGAGGAGUAAAUAUCUCCUCAGUUGCUUAUGUUGAUUGUGUUAUAUUCAUGCUACAAAUGAAAAGCCUUGUUUUCCUCUUUUUUUUGUUAACCAGGUAUUGGGAUUCAGAGUAAAAGCUAUUAAAAGCUCUCUCCCCUCCCCCCCUUACCGCCUUUAUUAGCCUAGCAUACUAUCUAACUUGCGCUUUCCAAUACUACAAAUGCCUUUCAGGGUUAUCAAUGUUACCUGAAAAUAUAACAUAGAGCCUGUUUUUCAGUACCUAAAUCUUUCCCUCCCCCUCUCUCUCAACAGACUUUCCUCCACAGCACUCUCGCAUCGUCGAAUCUAUUGAACCCAAGAAACUCGAAAAAGUGAAAGAUAUCUUGAAUCCUACAAAAGACUGGACACCAGAGUUGGCAGAAGAGAUGCUCCGCACUUGUACCAGGAGGAAGCGAGCCUACAAAGCUACUUUUUCAUCGGCUUGUCAGCGAUCACCCUCUUCAUUUUCCAUUCACUUCCGGCAUUUGAUUUUUUGUUCCUGUUUAUUUACUGCAACUUUUUGA